AUGGCUUCAGUCAAACUACGGCCAGCUCAGCCAGCGGAUGCAGCCGGUAUCGCAAAUACUCACUACAGAGCCCUGGAUCGAUAUCAUGAAUUCUACGGGGCAUUUUUUGUCUUGGAUCCGAAAGAAAUUUUGGAGAAAUCGACGCCUGUGGCGCUGGAAAAGCCAGAAAACAUUAUCUUGGUUGCGGUAGAUGAGGAGUCGAGUGGCGUUGUUGGGAUUGUCAAGUAUACUAUUGAGGCAGAGAAAGUGGUGUCUACUGCUACUGUUGAGGGUCCUGCUUCUGUUGAGGAUCCUGCUUCUGUUCCUGCUGGUCCUUCGCUUACGGCAGUCAAAGAGCACUUGAAAGAGCUGUGGACAGAGUUUGGGAGGAGGAGAGACGAAAUGGAUGAGUGUUAUGAAAGGGCUGCGGAUGGAAAGAGGCAUAUUUAUAUCCAUACUUUGAUGAUCAACCCAGAUUAUCAGCGUAGAGGCAUUGGAGGGAAGCUGCUCGCUGAAGUGCUGAAACAGAGUGACAAAGAAGCCAUUCCGGUAUUCUUGGCAUCGACAGCAGAGUCAAUUGGGCUGUACAGCAGGAUGGGGUUUGAGAGCCUGGGAACAUGGCCGAUUGACAACGAGUACUGGGCGGGAAGAAUAGUUGGGCUGGAAAGGGAGCUCGGGAUUGCUGGCCAUGAAGGGCUGCAGGAGACGUUUAAGGGAGUCGGCGAGGUUGAAGAUGUGAUGGUGAGAUGGCCAAAGAAGCAGUGA